AUGUCUGCACAACCUCACAACUACUACCCUCCUCCUCCCGGUGGUGCUCAAGCCUCGCAGCAAACGCCCGAUAACCAGCGCAUCUACUCGCCGCCUCCCACCACCGCCUCGCCUCCUACUCAGCACUACCCAGCACCUCCCACAUCACCACCCACGACACAGUACGCACCACCACCCACCGGCCCGUCACCACUCGCCCAGCAGCAGUACGCGCCGCCCCCGAGCGCAUCGCCCUCCAUCAAGCAGUAUCCUGCGCCUCCGUCCGCGACCCCCAGCGGCCAGCCGCAGUUUUACCCUGCCCCGCCGUCCUCGACCGGUCCCAGCAAGCAGUAUGCCCCUCCGCCGCAGCAAACGCCGUCCCCGCACUACCCGCCACCGCCUGCUAGCCCUCCGUCGCACGAUCAUCAGCAGCAGCCGCCGCAGUAUGCCAACCUCGCCAUGAGACCCGGCACUAAUCAGGCCUACCACUCGCCUCACAACUCCCAGCAGUACGCCGAGCCCCCGCCUGCCUUUUCCAACCCCAGCGCCGCCUACCCACCCGAAAAGGCAGACGCCCACCAGCUGCGACAGUCUCAGCCGCCGCAGCCCCAAUUUGCAGCGCCUCCGACCUAUCCCAACCCGGACGCAGGAUAUCCCGCCGAAAAGACGGCCACGGCCGGUCAUCGCCCCGUCAGCCAGCUCUCGAGCCAGACGGGUGCCUCCGGCCCUGGCCCCGGCCCGGCCUUUGUCGGCGCCGUGGCUACCAGCGACGACGUCGGCACUUUCAACGGAGGCAGCUACCGCAUCAGUCACCGUGACUGCAAUACUAUCCUGACCAUCCAGCUGGCCAUGGGCUGCCCGUUUGGCGCCAAGCCCGGCUCCAUGAUUGCCAUGUCCCCCACCAUGACCCUUCGCGGCGAGUUCAAGUUUAGCGUCAAGAAGAUGAUUGCCGGCGCCGAGCUCGGCCACUCCAACUACAUUGGACCCGGCGAGCUCCUGCUCGCCCCGCCCAUGCUCGGCGACAUCACCACCAUCCGCCUCGAUGGCGCCGCCCAGUGGACCUGCGGCCACGACGCCUAUCUCGCCUCCACCCAGGGCGUCCAGAAGGACCACAAGCGCCAGGGCCUCGGCAAGGCCAUGUUUAGCGGCGAGGGCCUCUUUGUCUACAAGAUGAGCGGCACCGGUAUCCUCUGGGUAUCAAGCUUUGGUGCCAUUAUCCGCAAAGAUCUUGCCGACGGCGAAAAAUACAUCAUCGACAACGGCCAUUUGGUCGCUUGGAACACAAAGUACAUCUUGGAGCGAGUUGCCUCUGGUGGCAUCAUUUCCAAUUUCGCCUCUGCUGAGGGCCUUGUCUGUAAAUUUACCGGUCCUGGUACCGUCUACAUGCAGACGCGAAACGGACGCGCCUUCGCUGCCUUUAUGGGUGGUCAAUCGUAUUCAGGCGUCUAA